UCAAGGAUUAAUUAUUAAACGCUAAAUGCAUCAUGACCGAUAGCGGGAAUAAAAUAAUUCUUAGACUUACGAAUGAGCAAUCGAACCAGGCGGCUGGUAAAAAAAAUAUGAUAGUUGAAAGUAACAUUACACUUGUCAAAAUGUAAUUUUUUAAACUAUCCUAUACAAAAUAAUUAACUUUGGCCACAAAUUCAAAAUUACUUAUCUUAUAUUUAUGAUCUAAUUUACAUUUUACUACGCUAUGUGUUCUUGUAACAAACAAGAAUGCACCGAUGAUGUUCUCAGUCUUCCGUACGAACAAGCGUGAACAAAGCUCGCAAGAAGCAUCAUGGCGAACACCAGUAGAUCAAAUCGUUGAGGACUCUUAUGACGAAUAUUGCUCGCCUGCCUGUGCAACCCCAGCAACCCCAAGAACUCCUAUAUCAGCCCGACGAGAAUUCCGUACGCCAGCUGCGCCACUUAGAGUACUCAGCCAACGCCGCGAUCUAAGACAGGGAGUAGCUGUAGCAUCUCGUCGUUUGAAUUACGAUAUUAUAGCAACAGGAGACGACACAUUCGAUAGCUUGGACACAGACGAUAGUACAGGCUCUUCCCGUAAGUUAUUUUCAUUAUUUAAUUAUCCGUGUAGAUUUGUAAAACGCGUGUUUCAUUAUCUUGAAAUUAUGACAAGUAACCGGAUUUUGACAUUAAUUUCUGCACCUAGAACGAAUUAUACGCGACAUGUUUCGAUGUGCUCCUUCGUCUACUUUUCAAACUCUUCCAACUCCCCAAACUCGUACGGGGAAACUAGCACAAACAUCUUAUCGACUCCGUACCAGACCAUUACCACCAGAAAGACAAUAUCUACCCAGAAUAGCUAGAAUGACACCUUGUGGAAAAUGCUUAAGAAUUUGAAGACAACGAAAUGAAGGACUAAUAGACGAAACUAAAUUGUAAUUCAUACAAAGUACAAUUACUACAUUUAGAAAAAAACGUGGUCUGCUUUCUCUAGACAAAUUGUAAUUCAUAAGAUCACUCUCGAAGAGGAUUUUUAUAUUUGAAAAUAAAAUUAUUUCUUCGUCUUACGAAGAUAUUGUACAUAUCGUGUUAAACAUUUCGAAUUGCUUGUACAAAAGAUAUGGAAAGAUGAAUUUGGUAGCAGAGUAUAAAGAGAAAUUCUCUAUGUUUGAACAUGUUUAAUGCAUGGAUCUCAUGGUCGUAGAUAAGUGAAUGAUUCACUAAUAUUUGUAUGACCGUUUUCUCGACAUGGUAUGAUUAUAGAAGUACUCUGCAAAUACGCUUAACUGUUUUUCAAUUAGAACCACAAUUGUCCGCUUAUACGAGCAAACACGUGUCGUUUCUAUUGCUUCACCCAGUUUUCAGGAUUAUGUAUUUUCAAAAAAAAAGUAAAAUUUGCCACUAUAUUCAAAAUUCUAUUUAAUCUUCAACUUGGAUCUUUGUGUUGUAGGUUAUAUAUCAAGCGAUGGUAGGUCAGAUUGUAAAUGUUAAUUGCAGAUCUUAAAAAAUGAUAGAAAAGUGGCCUUGAAAGUCGAAAUUAUUCAUCACAGUGUUCGUCGUACGAUGUAGAUACACCUACGUUUUCUCUACGCGAUUUUAUUCAUGUGGGAAAUAAUAGCAACACGAAGGAAGGUAACGCAAACAAAAUACCUUGUAUAUUACAAUGUGUUAUAAAUUUAUAAAAAUAGGUAUCUUGUUUAUAUUUGUAAAACAUGUAUUUCGAGCAAAUGUGAGCAAAUGCCGUGAAUAUAUGAAUAUACAAGUUUGUAUAAACAUACAAUGAAAAAGAAGUUACAACCUCACCC